AUGUAUGCUGAUUCAGUCAGGGCUUUGACUAAUGCGCAGACAUUAAUUCUCUUUUCUGAAUACAGAGGUUGUUGGUUGGUUCUGAUAGAUGCUGCUAAAGGAUGUGCUACCGAUCCAGCAGAUUUAUCAAAGUUUAAAGCGGACUUUGUUGUCUUCUCAUUCUACAAGUUAUUCGGCUACCCAACUGGCCUUGGAGCACUCAUUGUUCGAAAUGAUGCUGCUAAGCUGAUGAAGAAGACCUACUUUAGUGGAGGCACGGUGGCUGCAGCUAUUGCUGACAUUGACUUUUUCAAAAGAAGAGAAGGUGUAGAGGAAUUUUUUGAGGAUGGAACCAUCUCGUUCUUGAGCAUAGCAGCAAUUCAACAUGGGUUCAGAAUAAUGAAUAUGUUAACAACAUCUUCAAUUUCCCGGCAUACAGCAUCACUUGCAGCAUAUGUGAGAAAUAAGCUUUUGGCGCUGAAGCAUGAAAAUGGAGAAUUUGUUUGCACUCUUUAUGGGGUAAAUAUAUUGAGCAUAGCAUUCUCGUGACUAGUUUCAUAUGUUUUUAUAACGUGGUUGGAAUUUUGAUCUCAUUCUACUUAUCAAAUG